AAGCUUCCAAGAUGGCAGCGUCUGAGAAGCGGACGGCUAAGGAAGGAGGCAGGGGUCACUACGAUAGCCACUCCUGCAAGGCUGCAGUCUCCACUCAGCGACAGCCCUCACCGCCCCUAUUGCAGGUCCCACACCCGGCUCCAGACCACCUGCCUCAAAACAACACACUGCCUAUCAUAGCCAUAGAGAACAUACUCAGCUUUAUGUCCUACGACGAAAUUAGCCAGCUCCGCCUGGUUUGUAAAAGAAUGGACUUGGUCUGUCAAAGAAUGUUGAAUCGGGGUUUCCUGAAAGUGGAGAGGUACUGCAAUCUAUGUCAGAAGCAAAUUAAAGCACAACUGCCAAGGAGAGAGUCAGAAAGGAGAAAGCAUUCUUUAGCUGGUCAUGCAUACAUCCUUGCUGUCGUGGAAAUGAGGCUGUCACUGCUAAAUAUGACUUUCAUGAAGUAUGUGGAUUCCAACCUCUGUUGCUUCAUCCCAGGAAAGGUGAUUGAUGAGAUUUACCAUGUAAUAAGAUACGUCAACUCUACCAGAGACUCUCUGCGAGCCCAUGAAGUACUACAAGAAUUGCGGGAUAUCACCUUCAUGGCGAGGAAGUACUUCAAUGAGAAGAUUGUUCCUAUCCUGAAGAGGAAAUUGCCAGGAUCAGAUGUGUCUGGAAGACUCAUGGGCUGUCCUCCAGUUCCUGGACCAUCUGCAGCCCUGAUAACAAUGCAGCUCUUCUCCAAGCAAAACCCUUCAAGACAAGAGGUUACCAAACUCCAGCAACCGGUUAAAACCAACGGUGCUGGCAUGACUGUCCUCAGGCGUGAAAUUUCUGAGCUCCAAGCCAAAGUGCAAGAACAGCAGAAACAGCUUCAAGACCAAGAACAGAAACUGCUAGAGCAGACCCAGAUCAUAGGUGAACAGAACGCACGGUUGGCAGAGCUGGAACACAAGCUCUGAGAAGUCAUGGAAAGUGCAGUAGGAAUAUUUUCAGGGUCUGGGCAGAGUGAGGAGUCUCCUCAGAAGUGAAGGAAGGCAACAGAAACCAUAGACUCUCUUAGGAAAUCCAAAUGACUUCAGAAUAGAAAGUAAAUUGGAAUGUGGCUGUAGCUCCAGAGGAAGACAUCCAUGGUUGGGAGUUUAAGCAGUUAUUCCUGUUAGGAGGCUGGAGAAACAAAGCUUCCCUUAAGCUUCCAAGUGAGAACACAGCUUACACGUGGCUCUUGAAGUUGGCGUCCUUCUCGAGCUUCUCUGGUGGAGCCCAUGUACAGAAUCUCCUUACUUUGCAAUACACCUGUACUAACCAGACCCGUGCUAUCAUGUUUGGGACCCAAAGUUUUUCCUUUAGGUCCUGCAGGUGAUGUGUUAACUUUGUUUGUUUCAGCAUAUAUGCACAUUACAUACCCCUUCUUGACAGACUAAAAAAUAAGUUUAAUACAUAAAAUGUCCUGUUUACUUGAAAGAAAAAAAAUCUACUUUUUAAAUGGACACUAUCAUUUCUUUUUAAGUUGACUUUUUGUUUGUUAUAAAUGAUCUUUGUCUGGAAUGUCUGAGAAGUAGUUAAUAAUUUGGCAUUGAAGUGAUGGGUAACAAAAAGGGCUACAUAGUGUUGAGUGUAGCAGGGGCUCUACAGUAUUAUCUAUUUUUAUAAACUACUGGCAAGGGGUGUUUCCACUUGCUAAAUACAUGCUUUCAGCUUUCUUGGGGGCCAUGCCCUACAUUUGCAUGGAUGGAUGAAUGCAUUGCCUGGUCAACACAUUUCACAGCUCUUGCACUGGUGUUGAUCAUUUAUUAGUUUAAGCGCUUAACAUGGUCCCCUGCAGCAGCUUGCCUGUAGGGGGAGAAUCAUCAGUCCUGUCUGUUUGUCCUCUGGUUUUGCAGACACAAAAGACUGUAAAGUCCAUUGAUGUGUCUUUUCUCUGUAGGGUUCAGGUACACUGGCUAAGACAGAACCCCAUAUCCAAGCCUCUUUCUGUAGAAGUCAGACCUCUGGGUAGUAGGCAUGAUCCUGACUUGUCACUGUGCUCAUAGGUCAGUCACGACUGAAUAGGGACCCAGCUGAAGGAAAAAGUUCAUUGAAGAAAAUUGUACUGUGAGAAAGCAGUUUCAUCAUUUCAUUUCUGGGGCAUGAACUCAUUUUCUCAGCAGGUCUGUCUCACUUUUGCAAUCCUAAGACAUAGCCACAUCACUGUAGCCUUGGAGGUGACUUGUUGGGCAUUCGGAGCUUGACUUUAUCAGUCUACUGUUCUGGUAGAGGACGACUUUCUUAAGCAUCAAAGUACAGGCUUUAAAAGUCCUUGUGCAUCAAAGAAAUGAUCCUCAAAUUACUUCUUCAAUAAUUUAUUUCUCAGAAUUUUUUCUCAAACUCCAUCUAACUACCCUAAAUGUAAUUGCUAGUCUUCCAUUAGUUACUGUGCAUGCAUGGCUUUCAUAAUGAAUACUCAUGGUAAGAAGGGACAUGUCUGCUGGACGCACUUGCGAUCUCCUGCCCAUCAGAUUGAGUCGUACUUGUUCAAUGAGUAUCUGUAACUAGGUAUAAAGUACUACAGCUCACUUGGCUUAAGCUUUACUCGGAGUAGCUAACACAUGUUAGGAAGUUGUCUUCACCUUUCAACACAGUUCUUUGGGAUAACAUAGCAGCAUUUAGAGUUUUCCAAAUCAUGCAUUAUAUUAAUAGCUAAAAACUGACUUGUCAUGGGAAAACUUAAGCAGCCUCCUGAGAGAGACCUCUUGCAUUUCCAAGCAGAAGCUUACAUGCUUGCUGUAGGUGGUUUACAGCAGCUUUCAUAAAAUGUUCCACGUAAAAGCGAUUCCUCUGUUUGAAUGGGUUAUCCCCAUGUAUGAGUUUACCCAAGGUACACACUACUCACAGGCAUACAAACAUGACGAGACAUGCAUGGGAGAUGAAGAGGAUUGGCCCCUGUCCUGUAGAGCCCUACUCACCUUCUACAUAGACUGCUCAACUGGUUUCCAACCUAUGAGGGUUACAGAAAUUGUUCAAGCUUCCCUUCUGAUGUGGAGAGCCUAGAGGUAAUGGGGCAAUUAGCAAUAACCCUAAUGUUGUAAAGACUGUUGGGGUGCCCCAGAUUGAAAGCCAAUAAUUUGGAAACAACUUAUUUUGUAAAACAUGGAUUUUUUUUUGAGUACUUAACUUCACAGGGGCUUGCCUUAAUUUAGUAGUUUCAAGAUGUAUGCACUAAU